GUUGUCGGCGAACUACAACGUACGGUAAAAACUGUCGUCGAGAUUUCUGAAGUCUACUAUUUUAUCGUUUCAUUUUACGUUCAAGUCGUUCAGCGUGCACUAUGUUCAUUACAAGAGUGAAAAAUGACAAUGAGAAUAAAGUGCGUUUGAAAUGUAAAACGUACGCAGAACUGCAGGAGUUGUUAGUGCGGCAAAACAAACUUCUUAACAACAAUCGAUUCGUUGAAGCAUUGCCUGACAAAGGUGAAAAGUUAAAAAGUUUCCAGUCUCAAAUAAAAGAAGAGCUGAACAAACGUGUAAAUGCUGAACAGUUGUGUGAAGACAUGGUGGCCUUGAAUAUUGGAAUAAAUCAGUUGGAUACUCUUGAAUGGACUGGUAAACAUGUUCCAAGUGAGACGUCGAAUUACAGUCAGCCUGAUGUCAAUGAUGAAGAUAAAGAUAUACUGAAAAUGUUUGUUUCACAUUCAGGAGUCAAUCAGGAUAAAAUUAUUAUCAAAGAGAAACCUGAAGAACCAUUAAUCAAACCGUCAGAUUUAAUUGAAGUGAAAUCACCCGCUAAAGAUAUACAAGAAUACAAUUUUAAUGAAUUCCUUGAGCGCAAUGUAGAACGUUAUGCUAAUAAUUUAUGUAAUCGUAUUGACAAAUAUAGUUUUCCUACAAGUAGAAUGUUAAGCUAUAAAGAGUCUUUUAUGUUGGAAUUUAUGCAUGAAAAUAAAUUGAAGGAAUUAAACAAAGCACGAACAAAUUUAAAAUUCAACACGAGUAGUUAUCGAGAUACAAAAGUAUAUGACGAAGAUGGUGUUGAUGAUGAUGAUGAUGAUAUUCUAAGUGAUGAUGAAAAAUACAUUUAAUGUUAUGAGGUUCCUGGUUGUAAAUAGAACAUGUGAAUAAUUAGAAAUAUUAUUGAAUAUUUUUAAAUUUAAAUAAACUAU